AUGAAUGACAAAGAUCUAACUGAAUACGAGAAAGCUCUCAACUUUUUAGAAGUAGGAUGUGGUUGCGGUUGCUCCACCAAAGUGCCCAAAGAAGAAUUUGCUGAAUUGCGAGAGGAUUUUCAAGCGCUAACAAAACCCGAACAAGAUAUUUUCUUAAUGGCUCAACUCAGAUCCAUGGAUGGAGGGGCGAUCAAUACUA